AUGGUUAUUGAAGAUGAGACUAAUAUAUUAAAAAUAAAAGAUUCAGCAAAACUAGUAACUUUAGAACCAGGAGAUAUAUUAUUUGUGCCUCCUGGUUGGUGGCAUUAUGUUGAAUCAUUGGACUUUAGUAUUAGUGUCAAUAUGUGGCUACCAGUAUUAACAGAUAAUAUAUCAAGAGUUAAAGAAGCUAUUGUUAAAUUAAUAGUAGCUAAAAUUGGAAAAGACAUCUAUAAUAUACCUGAAAUUAAUGAAAUAGAUAGUAUAAAUUUGCUCAAUAUUGCUAUUGAAGAAUGCAAAAAUAUAGAAAACAUAGAAUCACCCGAUAAAAAAAUAAAACAUAGUACAUGGACUGCCAAAGAUUUAGCAAUAGAGUAUCCAGUUUAUGUAAAAUUACCUUAUGAGCUUAAAAUAACAGAAUUAGAAGAAUUUUUGAAAAUGAAAAGGGAAAGAUUUUCUGAAGAAUAUUUUGAAAUAUUAAAAGAGGAUUCUUCCAAAACUCAUAUUAAUCUACAGAAUAUUUACUCUUCUGCUCAAUAUUUAUCUGAAAAUAUUAUCAAUGCAUUUUGUCAUCCUGAUGUAGUUAAUAAAGUUACAGAAUUAUUUCUAUCCUAA